GCGAGGCUCUCGGUCAGUCUGCUCCGCGGAUUCACGGCAACACAACGGACCCACACUGACAAAUCACUGCUCCACCACUGUUUGCAGGUAUGGCAGAGUUGGCAAGUCUGGUGCAGCGGCUGGAGGUGGCGGUGGGUCGCCUGGAGGGCAUGUCGGGCCCUGGAGAGGCUCCAGCGGGAGCUGCAUCUGUGUACGUCGAUGCCUUUGACGAGAUCAUCAAUGGUCCUGUGGCCCAGUACUUCUCCCUCAGCCAGAAGAUAGGGGGCGAUGUUCUGAAACACGCAGAAAUGAUGAAGCAGGCGUUCACCAGUCAGAAACAACUCCUCGUCAUGGCCUCGUCCUCCCAGAAGCCCUCUGAUUCAGGUUUGAACGCCCUCGUGCAGCCUGUGUCCAAAGCCAUCCAGCAGGUGCAGGAGUUCCGUGAGCAGAACCGCACCUCGCCGCUCUUCAACCACCUCUCUGCCGUCAGCGAGAGCGCGCCCGCCCUCGGGUGGAUCGCCAUGGCCCCUAAACCAGGCCCCUACGUUAAAGAUAUGCAGGAGGCCGCCAUGUUCUACACCAACCGCGUGCUCAAAGACUUCAAGGAGAAGGACAAGACCCACGUGGAGUGGGUGAAGGUCUACCUCUCCAUCUGGACUGAGCUGCAGAACUACAUCAAGAAGCACCACACCACAGGACUGACCUGGAGCAGGACUGGUCCUGUAGCUUCAGCCGGUGCAGCUCCUCCCAGGGCUCCUGCUGGUGGAUGUCCCCCCCCUCCUCCCCCUGGACCACCACCUCCCCCCAUGGACCUCAGUGCAUCCUCUGGCGGCGGCGGCGGCCCGCCUGAAGACCGUAACGCUUUGUUUAAAUCCAUAUGCAAGGGAUCCGACAUUACCAGUGGCCUGAAGCAUGUGGGUGACGACCAGAAGACCCACAAGAAUCCUGGCCUGAGGAGUCAGGCUCCCGUGCGUACCGGACCCAAACCCUUCUCCUCCAGCCCCCGACCCGCUGCGGCCCCCGCCCCGUCCCGCACUCUGCCCCCCGUGAUGGAGCUGGACGGGAAGAAGUGGAAAGUGGAGAACUACGAGGGAGAGCAGGGUCUGGUGAUCAGCAACACUGAGCUGAAACAAGUGGUUUAUGCUUAUAAGUGCAACAAGAGCACCCUGCAGGUCAAGGGCAAAAUCAACUCCAUCACUUUAGACAACUGUAAGAAGAUGGGGCUGGUGUUUGAGAACGUGGUCGGCAUCGUGGAGAUCAUCAACUGCAGAGACGUCAAGGUCCAGGUCAUCGGUAAGGUGCCGACCAUCUCCAUCAACAAGACGGACGGUUGCCACGUCUACCUGAGCCAAGAGUCCCUGACGUGCGAGAUCAUCAGCGCCAAGAGCUCCGAGAUGAACAUCCUGGUGCCCGACAAAGACGGAGAGUUUACGGAGAUUCCUGUUCCCGAGCAGUUCAAGACUCUCUGGGACGGCAAGAAGCUCGUUACCACAGCAACCGAGAUCGCCGGAUAGACAGGGGGCAGCAUAUGAAAUUACCCCCUCCCCUCCUUGACAUCAUCCCCACACCAUUAUUUUUUUUGCAAACUCCCCUCUGACUGAUCGACCUCCCCACCAGCUAACUCUCACUGUAGACUGAGAUUCGGACCUCAUGCGUUACAUCUCCCGCCCAUUCUUCCCCUAACAGCCAAUCACAGCUGAAGCUCUCCCCUCCAUAAGCCAAUGAGGAGCGCUUGCUUUACCCUGGAGCAAAUCCUCCAGCCAAUCAGCAGGGAGUAGCUUGUCAUUAAAAUUGGGUUUCCCCCUGUGAUCCAGGGAGCACUUUUCAAAAAAACGAUUAAUGCCAAUAGCUGGAUGCUCUUUUCUUCAUUUUUCUAUAUAUCUGGAUUAAAUGUAACUUGUAGAAUAGCCGACAUAGGAAGAGUGAUUCCUCUGCAACGAAAGCACCGCAGCCAAUCAGGCGCCACCAUCAUGAUGCUUCAUUCAGGAUUUCUCUUUCUUUUUAUGCAAUUCACUGAAGCUCUUGUCAAACAGAAGCCAGGUACCAGAGGAGAAGGACGGCUACUGAUGUUGACUGUACGAUCAUGAACAUUAAUAGCAGAUGAUAUAAAUGUAUAUUUAACAACUCAAAGCACAUAAUUAGACAUAAAACAAGUAGUCUGUGAAACCACUGUCUAUUUCACACCGUCUAACUCUUCAUCUAGAUGAUGUUGUGCAAUUUAAAUAGGAGGAAAAUUCCACUUUCCCUUGAACCCACACAUAGAACAUUCCCAAGUGUUGAAACAUUCCAUGUAAAGAGGCAAAUGUAGGAACAAGUUGUAAAGAGCAAAGAGAUGUUGCUGCCGAGCGGAGGAGAAAGAAAAUGACAUGUUUUAAAAGAGACUAAAAGAAAGAAUUGAUUUGUUAUUGAACGCUUCACCUCCACAUCAGUGGAAAUAUCUGCUGUGAUUGUGUGUGUGUGUAAAUAUCCCUCAACAUCCCCUCCCUUCCUCCUCACCCUCCUCUCGUUCUCUUCACUGAUUUCUUUUUUUUUGUUUUUUAAACAUCGUCUCUUUUUCUUUUACCUCUUUAUCAUUUUGGGUCCAAAAUCAAAAGUCUGCUCAUUAGUUCUGGAGACGUCAUUAAAAAAAUGUUGCAAUAAAAA